GUGGACACACAGACAGGUAUCUCAGGUUCAACAUUUUGUGUCGCCAAGAUCUCUCCCUACAGCCAGCAUCAUGACAUUCAACGGAACAUGGAAAGCCGAUAGAAGUGAAAACUAUGAAAAAUUUAUGGAAGUUAUGGGUGUGAAUGUAAUGAAACGUAAGCUGGCUGCACAUGAUAACCUGAAGAUCACAAUCCAACAGGAUGGGAACAAUUUUAAUGUAAAGGAAUCCAGCACCUUCAGAAGCAUUGAAAUCAAUUUCACCCUUGGAGUCCAAUUUGAGUAUGCUCUUGCAGAUGGAACAGAACUCUCUGGCUCCUGGAAUUCAGAGGGAGAUAAACUCGUAGGGACAUUUAACAGAAAGGACAAUGGAAAAGAGCUGAAGACAUGGAGAGUGAUAGUUGGGGAUGAACUUAUACAGACAUACACUUAUGAAGGAACUGAAGCCAAGAGAAUUUUCAAGAGAGCCUAGAUGUUCCUUAAAAUUUGAAAGGCCACACUGCUGCAAGUUACUGAAAUAUCACCUGCAUUACAGAGUAAAAGUUAACAAUCCAUCUGUCCUCACAACUGCAACAAACACAUAUUCAUUGCUGUAUAUAAUAGAGAUAUUGUAGUUUAUCUAAAACAUGUGUGCUAUUUUCUUAUCAUCAAUAAAAAAGACCUGUUUAUUGCUGCUCA